AUGGCGUCGGCGAGGAUGGAGAGGGCUCCAUCUACUCCCAUGACAGAGUCGAAGCGCUGGCCUCCCGGGGAUUCUGGGGUUGUGUUGGCGCCUGUGAUGGAGGUAGACCCCAUUGUUAAUCAAAACGAUGAGAAAAACAAAGGGUGGCACUGCAAACAAAAGAAAGUUUUAGAAACAAAUCGCAAAAGGAGAGAGAAAUCGCAAAGAUGGAAGGAUUCCAGGGAUGCAAGAGAAAACUUUCGGGACAAAGAGAAAAUCUCACCACCAAAUCGCCGGGAGCCAGAAGAGCUCAUCCAUCUCCUCCACACCUGCGCAUCCCUGCGAUUGGUCGAUGGUGGUAGGAAGCUCCACGCCCAUAUCUCCCGUCUGGGCCGCCUUGAAAGGGAUGGGCGUCUCGCGAAUCACCUCAUCGACAUGUAUGGCAAGUGCGGGCAUUUGGACGAUGCCAAGGCUGUGUUCCAAAGCCUUGAUGCGAGUAAGGGGAGCUCUCUCUCGUGGAGCGCGCUCAUCACGGCUCACGGCUCAUGUGGAUCGAUCGGAGGGGCUGUUGGCCUGCUGGACGAGAUGGAGGAGCAGGGAAUUCUCCCGGAUCAAACUGCCCUCUUGACAGCGCUCAAUCUUUGCUCCACACACGGCGCUCUCGCAGAGGGCAUUGUGGUACAGAAAAUAAUAGCAGAUCGUGGGCUGGAGAAGAAUGUGAUCAUCUCAAAUGCGGUUAUCAACAUGUAUGGAAAAUGCGGCAAAAUCGACCAAGCCAGAGCUUUCUUAGAUCGAAUGUAUUUCCGAGACACAGUGUCUUGGAACGCCAUUGUUUCAGCAUAUGCCCAAAAUGGGCAUCAGUCGGAUGCAGUGAAAAUGCUCUUUGUCAUGCAGCUCGAGGGUGUCAAGAUUGGAAAAAUCGGAUUCGUUACACUCCUCAAGGCUUGCUGCGGCCCAAUGUUCCUGCAGACCGGCAGACUCAUUCACUCUUGUCUUCCGGAGGAUGUUCUCCAUGAGACGGACGUCACAGCCGGAACGAGCCUUGUUCAUAUGUAUGCAAAGUGUGGCAGCCUUGCGGAAGCGCGAGAGAUUUUUGAGCGGAUGAGCUGCAAGAACAAGUUUGCAUGGUCUGCCAUGAUCAGCGCUUACGUGGAACACGAGGAAACGAGAGCUUCCCUCGAGUGUUUUUGUUUGAUGCUGCUCAAUGGUGUCCAGAUGAGCUUUCGUGGCGGUUUUAGAGGCUUGCGGCGUCCUCAAGGCUGGAUGUUUUGUCCACUGUUUGAUCGAAGAGUGUAG